UUGGCAGAAACGAAGGGUGGUUUUUUUUUUAAUGCAAAGUCUUCAAACUGCUACCCGAAACUGAGGUUGAUAUUUCCUGUUUAAGGAAGAAUGGCUCUUGCGCUAGGACUAGGAGCCCUGUGCUUACUCUUGGGAGUUCUACCAGGGUGUUUCUGCGAACAGUGCAGAGAAGGCGCCAAGUAUUCGGAUGCAAUAAUAUCUCCUAAUUUAGAAACAGUGAAGAUUAUGCGGGUCCCCCAUGCUGUGUCUGUGUCAGACUGCACGGCAGCCUGUUGCGAUCUUUCCGACUGCGACUUGUCCUGGAUGUUUGAACGGCACUGCUACAUCGUCAGUUGCCAACACAAAGGAAACUGCGAACCCAAGAAGAUGGAGAAGGUGAAGUCCUCUUUGACUUUUGUGCUAAGGCCUCCCCAGAGGCCCUCUGCACUGCUGGGGUAUGGGCAGGUGCCAUCAAAGGUCCUCCACCCAAUGGCACUGCAGGGCGACCCAUCAGAUGAAGUCAACAGCCUGAAGGAACUGUCCUUCCUCAGUCGGGAAGAGAGCCCAGACUAUCCAGAUGAAUAUGGAGAUACGGAGCAGAACCCCUUUCGGUUGAGCCUCAAGCCUGAAGAGAAGGAGGAUGUCAACUAUGCUGACUGGAGUUUGUUGGUGACAGCUGAGAAUGGCUUCAAUUCUUCAGGGCUCAGUGAUGGAGACAAACAUGUUGACCUGGUCAGAAAUGAAGAGGAGAGAGGUCGUUUGGAGACUCCUACAGGUGUAAAUAAAUCCGAGGGAAAUCCUGUCACCGAACGUGCCGGAGAGUUGCCAGAGAUCAUGUUGGGCAUGAUGGAGAAAUCUGCAAAUGAAUUAGGUUUUCAACCACCUGAUGGAGCCAACAGCACCUGGCAGGAAGAGGUUCUAACAACUUCCCAUAAUCCUUCUUCAUCAGACACCCUGGGGUCUCUCUCCACCACCGCAACACGAACUCAGACAUCAGACCUGCGAAAUCUUUUGCAGGAUGAUGCCACAUCCCUUCCCACUGGUGCUGUUUUCACCCAAGCUACUGCCACAGAUCAAGUGUCGUUUCCCACUUCUGCCACCAAAGAUGUAAAGGAACUCCUAGUGUCGGCUGGAGAUGAUCUACAAGUAACUUUACCAAAAAACAGCAUUGAAUUGCAUGCAUUUGUCGUCACGCCAUUCCUUUCAGAAUCAGCCUAUAGUUAUGAGUGGAGCUCGAUGAGUCACCCUGAUGGUUACAGUGGUGAAAUGGAGGGCAAGCACAUGCCAACGCUGAAACUUUCUCAACUGCCAGUAGGUGCCUAUGUCUUCAAAGUGACUGUUUCUGCUGAAAAUGCAUUUGGAGAAGGAUUUGUCAAUGUCACUGUCCAACCAGCUGUCAAAAUAAAUCAGCCGCCUGUUGCUAUCGCAUCUCCAAAAGCCCAGGAAAUUUCUUUUCCUAGAACUUCUGCUUCCAUUGAUGGGAAUCAAAGUACCGAUGAUACUGAAAUAGCCAGUUACCACUGGGAAGAAAUUGAAGGUCCCCCAAGAGAAAAGAAGGCAUCAGCGGAUACACCAGUUUUACAUCUGUCUAACCUUGUGCCUGGCAAUUACACUUUCAGGUUAACAGUGAUUGACUCCAGCGGAGCAGCGAACUCUACAGUAGCUUCGCUGAGAGUCCAUAAAAAAGUGGAUUUCCCUCCUGUUGCCAAUGCAGGGCCAAAUCAGGAAAUCAGUUUGCCUCGCAACUCCAUCACUGUGAAUGGAAAUCAGAGCAGUGAUGAUUAUGAGAUCGUCAGCUAUGAGUGGUCCCUGAGCCCGAAAAGUCGAGGCAAAGUUGUAGCAAUGCAGGGAGUGAGGAGUCCCUACCUCCAGUUAUCCUCAAUGCAAGAAGGCGAAUACACAUUUCAGCUGACUGUUACUGAUUCUGCUGAACAGCAGUCUACAGCCGAAGUCACGGUGAUUGUCCGGCCUGAAAAGAAUAGCCCUCCGACAGCCGUGGCUGGGCCAGAUAAGGAGUUGACAUCCCCUGUCCAGAGCACUGUUCUUGAUGGAAGCAUGAGCACUGAUGACUUAGGCAUUGUUUACUAUCACUGGGAGAAUAUCAGUGGGCCAACCUCUGUGCAAAUGGAAGACACUGAUAGCGCAGUUGCAACCGUCACAGGCCUGCAUGUUGGAACUUACCAUUUCAGACUGACUGUCCAAGACAGCCAAGGACUAAGCAGCACGGCCACAAUCUCUGUGACUGUCAAGGAGGAAAGCAACCACCCACCCCAGGCUCAUGCAGGGGGCAAGCGCAUCCUCGUCCUGCCCAAUAACUCCAUUGCUUUGGAUGGUUCGCAGUCUACUGAUGACCAAGGGAUUGUGUCUUACCUCUGGAUUCGGGAUGGCCAGAGCCCAGCAGCUGGGGAUGUGAUACAUGGCUCAGAUCACGAGGCCAUCCUGCAGCUGACCAACCUCGUAGAAGGGAGCUAUUCUUUUCACUUGAAAGUCACCGAUGGCAAAGGAGAGUCAGACAUCGACACGGCUACUGUAGAAGUGCGGCCUGAUCCUAAGAAAAAUGGACUUGUGGAACUGAUCUUGCAAGUUGGAGCUGGCCAGCUGACUGAACAACAGAAAGACACGCUUGUGCGACAGCUAGCAAUGCUCCUGAACGUCUUGGAUUCUGAUAUUAAAGUUCAGAAGAUACACACUUAUUCUGAUACCAGCACAGCUGUUGUGUUCUAUGUUCAGAAUGGCCAUCCUUUUAAAGUGAUGAAGGCAGCAGAUGUUGCACAGAUGCUACGCUUGCAGCUCUUGAAGGAGAAGCCGGACUUUUUGCUUUUUAAAGUGCUUCGUGUUGACACGGCUGGUUGCCUCUUAAAGUGCUCCGGACACGGGCAUUGCGACCCUAUCACGAAGCGCUGCAUUUGCUAUCAGCUGUGGAUGGAAAAUUUGAUACAGAAGUAUCUUAACAGCGGAGAGAGCGAUUGCGAGUGGAAUAUACUUUAUGUAACGGCAUCAGCUGUCAUUUUGAUUGUGCUGAUGGCGGGGUUCGUUUGGCUCUGCUUCUGUUGUUGCAAAAGCAGAAAGAGGACUAAAAUAAGAAAGAAAACAAAAUACACAAUUUUGGAUAAUAUAGAUGAUCAGGAGAGAAUGGAGCUCAGGCCUAAAUACGGUAUAAAGCACAGAAGCACAGAACACAAUUCCAGCCUGAUGGUUUCAGAGUCAGAGUUUGACAGUGACCAGGACACCAUCUUCAGCAGGGAGAAGGUUGAAAGAGAGAACCCAAGGAAUGCCAUGAAUGGUUCCAUGAAGAAUGGUGUCUCCUUCAGCUACAGCUCAAAGAACAGAUAAAUGAAGAGGCUGCAGUGGAAGGACACGUUAAUCUGACAUGCUAAGGCUAUGCUCCUCCUCCUUCACCACCACCCUCCCAAACUAUACUGGUGGGAGACGGGAUGAUAAACUUCCAGGAUAGCAGAAAAGGAAAUGGAUGUGAUGGACUUUCCCCUUCCAUUUCUUUAACCGAUAACAUAUUUUAACUUGCCAUAUGGGUUAGUUGAAAGGGUUUUUAAGUCUAAAAAUGGUUGGAGAUGUUUUCCAUAUAAAAGGUUAUUGCUCAAGACUGUUACAUUACAAGGAGCACAUAUGAAAGCUACCUUAUAUUGUUGUUUCCUUUAGAAAACAGUGGCUAUGCAAAGACAAAUGUAUCUUGAGUUAUUAAAAAAAGAGCAGUGUGCGGCUAUAGCUUCCAUCUCCUUCCCAGUCACUUUUAGUUUAACAAAUAAGAGGGUUGAUGAAAAGGGUCUUUUGUGGCAUCUGCUUUGGUAAGGCAGUGGAGCUGAAAUCGUUUUUUCAAAGGACCCAAGGCAUUGUCUGAAGCAACCUAACUGCAGUAAAGGACGUUAGUAUUUGGAUGGCAGACUUCCUGUCCGGCAAGCCCAAGUAGCUGGAAGAAAGGAAAGAUCUGAGUAAAAUUUCAAGCCUGGUGCUACCUCCUUCUUGUGAGUGGAUGCCACACUUGGGAGAAGGUUCUACACUUGGGAGAAAUUGGUGGCACAUCAUGCCAUGUGCCACCAAUUUGACCCUCUUCUUUCUAUCUUGCUGAAGAAAGGCUUGCAAAAUCAUUACACGUUCUUUGAAAACCAGAGCUUUUGUGGGUACAUUGAUUUCAUAACCGGUACCGGAAGUUUUAACUCCUUUCCUUCAUUUGCCUUGAGAAGUGCUGAGAGUAAAUCAGAUGCGCUCAACUCCAUUGAUUGUGGCAUUCUGUGUAGUGAAAGUGUGGGCCAGAAAUCACCUAGUCUUAAUAUCUAACAAUGCUCAUAAAACAUGUUUACUGAACAAGAACCAAUUGUCAUCGGGUUUCU